CCUUCAGCCCCUAGCAGGCGGUGUUCUCCCCCGCGGUUGCUAGGCGACUGGUGGCGCGACACACUGAUUGGCUGGCUAGGGGCGAGGCUGGGUGUCGGGCGAAGAUUGGCUCCAGAGUUCGGACCCGACACAGCUACUUGCACUGAAGGCCCACCCCCGGAGCCCGGAAGUGAUUCAGCGGGGUUAGAACAGACAGCCACCGCAGGCCAGGUCCACCGCAGGCCAGGUCCACCGCUCACGGGGCCAGGGCGGCGGGUGUGGGGACGACCGGGCCGCGACAGUGAUUGGUCGCUGGACCUGGGAGGCAGUGAUUGGGCGCGGGAACCCUGGCGGGCGAUCCAAGGAGGCCUGCUGCAGACCGCAUGGGGAGGCGGCGGCGCCGGGUGGACGAAGAGGCCUCGGCCCGGGCGGGGGCUGGGGCCAGGACACUGCUGGAUGCCAUAGCCACGCUAAGUCGGUCGCUGCCAACCGGGCCCUGCCCCGAGAUCUUCCGCCGCGCCAAGUUCGACCGUCCAGAGGCCGCCCCAGCGCUCUGGGAGCUCCUCUUCCGACUGCUAGCGCCUCUCCUAGCGGACAGAGCGGCCGCCUCGCUAGGCCCGGGAGCCCAAGCCCGCUGGGUGAAGGCAGUGCUCUGCUCCCACGGCUACCCGAGGCCAGCUCUGGCACAGCUCCCUGAGGACGGCUCCCAGGGCAGCAGGGAGCUGCUGCUGGCCUUUUCCUGGCUUCUGGCCCGAGGGCCCCUGCUAGAGUGGCUGCUGGCUCAGACCUGUGUGAAACUGGGUGACCAGGUGCCCACGUUCGAGUGUGAGGUCCUGGCCAGUCCUGGCCUGGCUACACCCCAAAUGGAUGCAGAGGGCCCUGUGGACCUCCGCUGUCUGCAGUGGCUGAUGGGAAAAUUGCGGUUCCAGUGGCAGCAAUUGAUCUGCAGUCAGGAGGAGCAGUGUGCCCUCUUGAGCAAGAUCCACAUGUACACGUGGGGCUGCCACAGUGACCGGAACCUUGGCCACCUGUCUGUCACUGAAACAGAGAUGCUCAGGGACCCAGAGGGCAGCCAGCAGCUGUUGCAGGCACUGGAGCAGGAGAAUGCCCAGCUGGAGGCGGCUCUGGAGUGGCGGCGCUAUGAGCUGGUCUUCUGGCAGUGGAUGGAUACGGUCCUGGGUGCCUGUCCCUCGGAGGACCCUGCUGUACCCACAUUCCAGCCCAGCAUCUCUGAGCAUGGGCGUGGCAAGCUGGAGCUGGUGGCUCAGGAGCUGCAGGCCCUGAAGGAGGAGUUGCAAGCCCUGCAGGAGUUGCUGCGCAAAGAGGUGCUCAGCCGGCGCCAGGCCUGGGAGACCCAGAUUGGUGGCCUGGGCCACGGGCCGGAGUGGAGUGCAGCGCGACAGGCCUUGCAGCAGGCUGUGGAUCGGGAGCUGUUGGCCCUGCGGCAGGCCUGGAAACAGGGCAAGGGCCCCAGCCUGCCUCAGGGGCCCCACCGUCUGGUGAAGAUCGAGGCUGGGUCAGCAGAGGCCCAGGGCCUGCCAGUGGCCGAAGUGAUCAGGGCCCUGAGGAGCCAGGAGGCAAGCCUGGAGGCGGUGCUGUGCCGGCUGCAGGGACAGUGUCGGCAGGAACUGGCCAGGCUGGCAGGAACUGUGCCAGGCCUCAUCUGGAUUCUGCCACCUGGACGCUGAUGUCCCAUGGACAUACCCUCCCUCCCUCCAUGGACACAUAGGAACCUGCCUGGGCUGUGCUGGCCUCCUUGGAAGAGCAGGUUCUGGGGAAAUGGACACAGGGCUGAUGCAUGCAGUUUUCAGCCCUGGCCUGCAACGCUGGAGUUGGCAUAGUUGCUCCCUGUGAGGGGGACUGUAGGGGACCCAGAAAUAAAUGGCAGAACCUUGCCUGCCUGAGGGGGCCAGCCUACCUCCCUCUCUACCGCC